AUGUUGUCUCUUACCCGUUCAUCAGCUCCUCGCCAGCUAUCACGGAAUAUCCUCUCAUCUAUAUCAAGACGCCAAUUCACAGAUGCAGCCUCUCACCCCUCAAACAAGAUCCAAGUCUAUACCUCAAAGUCGAGGGAUCCCUUCCUCAACCUCUCGGUAGAGCAUCAUCUCUUACAAAACACUCCCCCGGACUCCACCAUCCUCAUACUCUACACCAACGACCCCUGCAUCGUCUUCGGCCGUAACCAGAACCCGUGGACAGAAGUCAAUCUUCCCCGACUCGCUCAGCUCCGUAACCGCCCAGAGAGCGUAGGAUGGACUGCUGGUCCUGUGCAGCUGGUGCGUCGUCGCUCAGGAGGCGGCACCGUCUUUCACGAUGAGGGAAAUGUCAACUUCAGCGUUAUUUGUCCGCCCGCCGUCUUUGACCGCAACAAGCACGCCGAGAUGGUUGUCCGCGCACUCUCCUCUCUAGGGAGACCAAACACGCGGGUCAACGAGAGACACGACAUUGUCAUGGACGUCGCCGACGAUCCUAUCGGCACCUACAAGAUCUCUGGGUCAGCAUACAAACUCACCCGUCUUCGCUCUCUUCACCACGGCACCUGUCUCCUCCGCAGCCCGAACCUCGCCAACAUCUCAGGCAUGCUGCGCUCACCAGGAGAGCCAUUCAUCAAGGGCCGCGGUGUAGACAGUGUCCGCAGUCCCGUCAAGAACGUCGACGUCGAAAACGCCCCCUUCGAGGCUGCCGUCGUCGAGCAGUUUUCCCGCAUGUACGGCGACUUCCACGUCGAAGAUGUCAUCGACGAUAAGUUCCUCGAGAUCGAAAACAUCCGCAAGGGCUACGAGGAGCUUCAGUCCCGGAGCUGGAUAUACGGUCAGACACCGAGGUUCACAUUCUCCACCUUCUCAUACCCUGAGGAUCCUCGCCCGAGACCACAACUUCCCUUUGAUCUGAAACUUCGCUUCGAAGCCAGACAUGGCCUUGUCGAGAAAUUCGCUGUAGAGGGUGCAUCAUUCCCUCCAACAGACGUCGACAUGUCAGCGCUCGUAGCGAGCUCCAUCUACCAUGUCCCAACCUGGACCGACCAACUUGCCCAGGCUGGCAUGGCUGAGGGUGACGCCGUAAAGAUCGGAUCAUGGAUGGACGACGUUCUCGGCACUGAGUUUACGAAGCCUGCGCAAUAA